CUCCAUCAGGCUAGAUUACUUCAGAUACCCGCCCGUGCGUCUGUUCCCCCCUCCAUUUAACUCCUCCACUUCUCUCAAAUCCUCCAUUCACAGACCUAUACAUACACCUAUGCACACAAUACCCACAUACGUAUACACCAUUAUUUACACAUAUGUGUAUAUAUACUCGCACAAACUAGUACUCAAUCACUGACCCCAUAUCGAUACUGAUUAAUAUUCAUCAUUUUCAUGGCGGCCUUCACCGUCUACCUCUAUCUUCUCCUCGCUCUUUCCACCGUCAUAUUCUUCGUCCUCCGAAACAUCUCCCGCCGUCGCCGGCAUAUUUUGCCGCCGGGGAGCCUGGGUCUUCCCUUCAUCGGCGAGACGUUGCAGCUGAUAUCAGCGUACAAGACGGAGAACCCGGAGCCGUUUAUCGACGAAAGAGUAAGGCGGUUCGGGCCGAUCUUCACCACCCACGUAUUCGGAGAGCCGACGGUUUUUUCUGCCGAGCCGGAAACGAACCGGUUCAUUCUGCAGAACGAAGGGAAGCUUUUCGAGUGCAGCUACCCCGGUUCGAUAUCGAACCUGCUGGGCAAACACUCACUGCUGCUGAUGAAAGGAAGCCUCCAUAAACGAAUGCAUUCACUCACCAUGAGUUUCGCCAACUCGUCCAUUAUUAAAGACCACCUGUUGCUCGACAUCGACCGGCUCGUCCGGCUCAACUUGGACUCCUGGACCGGCCGGGUCCUCCUCAUGGAGGAGGCCAAGAAGAUUACGUUCGAGUUAACAGUGAAGCAGCUGAUGAGUUUUGAUCCAGGGGAAUGGAGUGAGAGCUUGAGGAAAGAGUACGUGCUUGUAAUUGAAGGCUUCUUUACUCUUCCUUUCCCUCUCUUCUCCACCACUUACAGAAAAGCCAUUAAAGCAAGGACGAAAGUGGCGGAGGCACUAAGCUUGAUAGUGAGGGAGCGGAGGAAGGAAGUGGAAGAGGGUGGGAAGAAAAAAGAUGACAUGUUGGGAGCUCUUUUGGCCGGCGACGACAACUUUUCCGACGAACAAAUCGUUGACUUUCUCGUCGCUCUUCUCGUCGCCGGUUAUGAAACAACCUCCACUAUCAUGACUCUCGCCGUCAAGUUCUUGACUGAGACUCCUCUCGCUCUGGCUCAACUCAAGGAGGAACAUGAUGGGAUAAGAGAAAGGAAGAGUAAGUCAGAGACUCUUGAAUGGAGUGAUUACAAGUCAAUGCCAUUCACUCAAUGUGUUGUUAAUGAGACCUUGCGUGUGGCAAACAUAAUCAGUGGUAUUUUCAGACGAGCAAUGACAGACGUUCAUAUAAAAGGAUACACAAUUCCCAAAGGAUGGAAAGUUUUUGCAUCAUUUAGAGCUGUACAUUUAGACCACGAUCACUUCAAGGAUGCUCGCACUUUCAAUCCAUGGAGAUGGCAGAACAAUUCCGGAACAACAAGUCCCGGGAAUGUAUUUACUCCAUUUGGAGGCGGGCCACGGCUAUGUCCCGGGUACGAGCUAGCUAGGGUAGAACUCUCGGUUUUCCUUCACCAUCUUGUCACAUGCUUCAGUUGGGUUCCGGCAGAAGAAGACAAGUUGGUUUUCUUCCCAACGACAAGAACCCAGAAACGGUAUCCGAUCAUUGUUCGGCGGAGAGACGUGUGUUGAGGUAUUAAGAAAAUGUAAAGAGUAAGAUCUAAGAAAAAGGAGAGAAAUUCAAAUAAGUUUUAAUCAGCAGAAGCAUGAUGUAAAUUAACCCUAUUUCAUAUGUUUUGAGCAAUACCGUAUCAAAUGAUUAGGGCCGAAGUAGUGAGCCAAUCAGUUUUCUUCAA